UCGAGGAGGGUGGACGUGGCGCCUGAACGCCUCGCGAACUUAGUGCAUAACGUACAUUUGUUUACAAACUAUAAUUUUCUGCAUCUAGGUCGAAAAACAACGCGUCCAAUGGCGUCACCCACGGACUCUAAGCUGGAAGGUAAAGCGCCCAGCUUGGGUGUGAAAUUGCGCCGCUGGUGCCGCAGCCGGCGCUGUCAGCUUUGGCGCCUCCUGCUGCUUCCUUUCAUCCCCAUCCUAGCCCUCAUUGUGCAGACCACGCUCUCAUUGAAGAAUAGUCUAACUAACGGUAGAGAAGUCGCCGAUGUUGAAGAACAGGUCAGCCGCGCGACAGAACUCGGAAAAUUGGUGACCAGACUACAGCAGGAAAGAUCAGAAGUCGCUUUCUUUAUUUUCACCAACGGCAGUACAUUGCGGUCUAAUCUAACGCAGAGGUUUGCAGCAACGGACAGCGCGGUGCAGCAGAUGGGUACGUUACCUCCUCUCGUCUUCAAGAACCGCUCCAAACCUGUAGAUGGCAGUUUCUUCCUCGCUCAAUUAGCUGACUUAAGACAUAAUAUCAACCCCGGCAAGUCGAUGACGGUGGCAGUGGAGUGGUAUACGAACGCGAACGCGGCGCUACUCAACCAUCUUACUAAAGAGAUCAAAGACACCGACAGCAGUACUAUAUGGAGGUAUUUAGUAGGCUUCAAAAACUUACUUCGAAGUAUAGAGUGUAAAGGGAUUGCUUCUGUUCUCGGUAUAAAUUACUUCGCAAGAGGAUAUUUGCAGCCACGAUCACAUGAAAGGUAUAUAUCACAUAUGGUAUUAGGUCGUGAUCUUCUUGACAACACAUUAAACCUGGUGCCAUCUCUGAUACCUCUGCACAAAGACAUCAAAGAAGAUAGUCCUGAAUACCAAGUCCUGGAGAAAAAGAAUCAGCAAAUAGUGGACAAUAAGUACCAGGAGGGCAGCGUGAGCGAUGCUAUAGAGUAUUUCGAUCAGACAGCCACUCUACUGGAUAAGCUGCGAGCUGUGCAGAAACAAUUGCGUCAAUAUAUCAGGGAAGGUGUGAACGAAAGUCUAACAGAAGCAAGGAGAAGUGAAGCAGUAUGUGCUGGUAUACUAGUUCUUGUCUGUGUCGUUUCUCCGAUUAUCAUUGCUCUAGUUAGGAAUGCAGUCAACACUAUACAGGUGUAUGCCAGAAAUCUAUCGGAAAAAGCCCGAGAGCUUGAAUACGAGAAAGAGUUAAGCGAUUCAUUGUUAUAUCAAAUGCUGCCGCCAAGUGUUGCUAAACAACUAAAGCAGACUCAGCAGGUACCAGCAGAAUUCUUCGCAUCUGUGACAGUCUACUUCAGUGACAUCGUUGGCUUCACCGCAAUAGCAGCUGUCUCCACUCCAUAUCAGGUGAUCAGUUUUCUCAACUCCGUGUACAAGCUGUUUGAUGAACGCAUCGAAUGUUACGAUGUAUAUAAAAUUGAAACUAUCGGUGACUCCUACAUGGUUGCUUCAGGAUUGCCCGUCAGAAAUGGAAACAAACAUGCAACAGAGAUAGCGAGUAUGGCUUUAGAAUUGUUAGAGGCGACAUCUAGCUGUCGCUUGCCGCACCGCCCCGAUCAGACUCUUUGUAUGAGAAGUGGUAUUCACACGGGGCCUUGCGUCGCUGGUAUUGUAGGCAGUAAGAUGCCGAGAUAUUGUUUAUUUGGAGAUACAAUUAACACAGCCAGUAGGAUGGAAAGCACAGGAGAACCCAUGAAAAUUCAAAUCUCCGAAGACGUGAAAAGAGCGUUGGAUAAAUCUGGUAGAUUUAUUACCGCACCUAGAGGACUUGUUGAUGUUAAGGGUAAAGGAGAAAUGAUGACGUAUUGGUUAGAAGGUAGAACCGAUCCUUCGCCAGUGAGACCCACCACAUCCCUGGACUGCACGCCCAGCUUCCUCGCCAGGAUACACUCCAAAGGAAGAACAUCACCGAGAUAUCAACCAAAAUCAAAACGAGAACAACAUUAA